UGGCGCGGGCGGGAUAGUGCUUGUGAAACUGAACCCAGCCACAGUAUGGAUAUGGGAAACCAACACCCUUCUAUUAGUAGGCUUCAGGAGAUCCAGAAGGAGGUGAAGAGCAUAGAGCAGCAAGUGACCGGCUUCAGCGGCCUGGCCGAUGACAAGAGCUACAAGAGGCUGGAGCGGGUUCUGACCAAGCAGCUCUUUGAGAUAGACUCUGUGGACACGGAAGGAAGGGGAGAUGUUCAGCAGGCUCGGAAGAGGGCAGCCCAGGACACGGAGCGUCUUCUCAAAGAACUGGAGCAGAAUGCAAACCACCCGCACCGGCUGGAGAUCCAGAACAUCUUCAAGGAGGCCCAGGCUCUCGUGGAGGAGAAGAUUGUGCCCUUCUACAGUGGGGGCAGCUGUGUCACCGAGGAGUUUGAGGAAGGCAUCCAGGAUGUCAUUCUGAGACUAACCCACGUUAAAACCGGAGGGAAGGUCUCCCUGCGGAAGGCAAGGUACCACACCUUGACCAGAAUCUGUGCCGUCCAAGAGAUCAUCGAAGACUGCGUGAAGAGGCAGCCAUCCCUGCCGCUCUCUGAGGAUGCACACCCCUCCGUGGCCAAGAUCAACACUGUGAUGUGCGAGGUGAACAAGGCCAGGGGCACCCUGAUCGCACUCCUCAUGGGCGUGAACAGUGACGAGACCUGCAGGCACCUGUCGUGCGUGCUCUCGGGGAUGAUGGCCGAUCUGGAUGCUUUGGACGUGUGCGGGCGGGCAGAAAUCCGCAACUACCGGAAAGAGGUCGUAGAAGACAUCAACAAAUUAUUGAAGUAUCUGGAUUUAGAAGAGGAGGCCGACACUACGCACGCAUUUGACUUGGGACAGAACCAUUCCAUCCUAAAAAUCGAGAAAGUCCUCAAGAGGAUGAGGGAGAUAAAAAACGAACUCCUCCAAGCACCAAAUCCUCCCGAGUUGUACCUGAGCUGCAAGACCGAGCUUCAGGGCCUGAUCGGCCAGCUAGACGAGGUGAGCCUAGAGAAGAACCCCUGCAUCCGGGAGGCCCGGAGGAGGGCAGUGAUCGAGGUGCAGACACUCAUCACGUACAUCGACUUGAAGGAAGCCCUGGAGAAAAGAAAGCUCUUUGUGUGUGAGGAGCACCCGUCACACAAAGCCGUCUGGAGCGUCCUUGGCCACUUGUCAGAGAUCCAGGGAGAGGUGCUUUCAUUUGACGGGAACCGCACAGACAAGAACUACAUCCGCCUGGAGGAGCUCCUCACCAAGCAGCUGCUGGCCCUGGAUGCCGUGGACCCACAGGGAGAAGAGCGGUGCAAGGCCGCCAGGAAGCAGGCGGUGAAACUGGCCCAGAACAUCCUCAGCUAUCUGGACCUGAAGUCCGACGAGUGGGAGUACUGA